GCCGUGACAGCCUGGUCCACAAUCUCCUCUCAUCUCCUCGAGCUCUAGAUGGACAAGGACAUACAACAGCGCUUCCGACAAGCGGAGGAAAAUCUACUUGAAUCGAUAUUACACGGCGACGAUUCCUUGAUGUCAUUCAAGUCAUCUUGGAAUUCAUUGUACACAGAUUUUUCUCGUUGUUUAUCCGCGGGAGACUUAUCAGACGACACUAUAUCAAUUGCAAACUCGGUGGCUUCGAGGAUUGGUGUCAUCACUAAUUGCUUGUCCGUCAUACACAAAACACAUGAAGAAUCAACGAACCAAUUUCUGGAUGGCUUGGGGAGUAUUCUGGAUAACCUUAACCGUGUCACUAUUUCGCCUCCAUCAAUGCCCAUGACUCAGACACACGAUGGACAUUCACCAGAGUCUUCCCUACCUCCGUUUAUCGAACCAGCAUACAAAUGGCUUCUUGCUAAUAUUCAUAACCCUUACCCGUCUUCUGAUACGAAAGCAAACAUUACCGGCAGCUCUGGAUGUUCCGUGAACUCCGUUGCUUCCUGGUUCAUCAGUGCUCGCCGACGCAUCGGCUGGACGACGAUCUGCCGCAAACACUUUAACAACUGCCGAGCUGACACUGUUGAUGCCGCUUCUCGUGCUCUGGUCAAAGAAGACCCCUCCCGUGUUCUUGCACCCGCCAUCCUCCAUGACUUCCAGCAGAUGAAGGCUGCUACACAAGAUCUUUAUGCCUCUACUUUCACCAAAAGCGCGCUCGCAGGUGACCUUGAUGCAGUGGUUAAGGAUAUGACAGAGGAGGACAGAUUUCGACUGGAGCGCGAGAAGAAGGAGCGCGCACAAGAGGAAAAGAAACAACGCGAGAAAGAGAAGGAGAUGCGGAGAAUCCAAAGAGCGCUUGAUAGGCAGGCCCAGAAGUCACACACAGCUUUCGCUUCGUACCCAUCUCCCAGGCACUCGCGCUCUCCAUCUCCCGUUCCCGCUCUCGAGGAGUCAUGGACAGACGAUAGUGAAGACGAAGAAGAUUUCAUCCCACCCGUUCUUGCUGGUCGGAAGCGGCGUGCCUCUGUAUCGCCUGAAUCAACUGAUCACAGGCAAUCAUCAUGUGCAGAUCGUCCGAUGAAACGCCUUCGGUCUAGUGCGAAGGUUCUGACCCCCUUUGCGGAUACUGCCGCCUUGCCAUCCCCCCCAUCAAGUAGCGGCGGACUGGAUAGCAAUGACGAGGUCCAAAUCAUUGCAUCUCAGCCAUCUUCAGGGUCUUUACGAAAGCGACGGCUAUCAGACGCUGAUGCUCACGCUGUGCCCAAACGUCCGAGAGAUCUCCACGUUGGACCCCGCAUUCAUGCUGUGUCUGAUCCUCUUCCGAGAGCAUCUCUUCCACUCGAGUCAAACAUCGAUGACUGGUUCCAGACGAAUUUCUUCGAGAUUCCGGGUCCGGUCGAGAACGUCAGUUUCGAUCAGUUUGCCCCCGUUGACAUUGAAGUCUUCAACGGAUACACGUUCCCUGACACGCAAAUAAAUUCCAUUCAACAACCCUUUCAACAAAAGUACACCCAGUCUGCCCUAGUAGAUCUGACAUCGUUUGAGGCAAAAUUAGCCAAUUUGGAAGUUCCUUGCCACGCCCCCGUUCCUGCGCCUGAUCUAAGUGAUUUCGACAAUUUCAAUUUCUUCAACGCGAUAUCUGCAAUGCGUCCCAAUUGUUCUGGCGAGGCAGUUGGAGCCUCUACGGCAGUAGACACCACAUUCCAGCCACCAGUAGACCUCAUUGACCUUGUUCCUUCGGACCCUUUCAGCUGGACGGAUCUCUUGAACUCCGAGCAACCCUUCCUGUCCGACAUUAAUCAAUUCUCGCUGCCAUCAUCUUGCGAUGACUUCUCACAGCUAUUACCAGAGAUCGAUCUCUCUGUGCUCCAGCUCCCCCUGUCAUUAUACGCCCCUCCACAAUCUGAGCAUCCCUCACCUGCUGAUGGUGCUCGCUUGGCGAAGCUGGAGCAACUUCAGCUUCUAAGGGAACAAACGCGGAUGCUGGAGCAGGAUCUAGCAGUGUCUGUAUGAUCAUUGAAAUACUUGCUUCGCUCAUGCUGCUUGUAUACGUUAUGCCGCACAUCAAGAUCUAUCAUUCAUAUCGUAUACCUGCUCAUCAUCGUGCACAACGCACAUUGCAUAAUAUACCCUACAUCAUGCAUCGUGUAUGCCACUCAACCCGCAUUUACUUUGUCGUUCGGUUGUUACAUUUUGUUUUCCUUCACUUUACCAUCACUCUGUAUGUACUGGAAUCAAACAAAACAGAUCUGUCGUAAUUUCUGCGAUAAUCGCGCUCUAGGAUCUAGUCUGAGUUGACCAAUGCGGCGGUAGAUAGUAUAGAUAUGGAUCCUAAUGUCUUUCCGGAACGACUCCAUCUUCCAUCCGCCAUCUACCAACUUCCCGCAUCGC